AUGUCGAAUCUUGACGAUCCAGGACUUUUUUAUCAGGAACGAUUUUUCGCGAAUGACGGCAUUCCUGAUACUGGAAGAGAGCUUAUUGCUGAAUAUAAGCAACUAAUCACACAAUUCCGCAAUUUUAUUCGAGAUUUCACAACAGGAGGAUUCGGAAUGAUUUACAGAGAUCAACUGAAACGGAACUAUAUUUCCGGCAAAUACCUGCUUGAAAUUAAUUUAAGCCAUCUGAAAAAUUUCGACGAAGAAAUCGAAUCAAAACUUCGCAAAUUCCCGGGAAAAGUGUUGCCAGCGCUUGAAGAAGCUGCCAAAGUGGUAGCUGACGAAAUAACGCAGCCAAGACCAGAAAGCGAGAAAGAAGUGAAAGAUAUUCAAGUGACAUUUACAUUAGAUGAAUAUCCAUCAUGCAUUCGAAAAGUCAAGAGUGCUCAAGUCUCACAAAUUGUCAAGAUUUCCGGAAUCAUUGUGGCAGCUGCGCAGGUUCGCUCAAAAGCCACUAAAGUCACACUGCAAUGUCGACAAUGCAAGCACACUCUUCCAGAUGUUUCCAUUAAACCGGGUUUGGAAGGAUUCCAGCUUCCACGAACAUGCGCUGGACCGCAACAGGGACAAAUGCAGCGAUGCCCGAUUGAUCCAUAUAUCAUGCUUCCCGAUAAAUGCCAAUGUGUUGAUUAUCAAACGCUGAAACUUCAAGAGAAUCCAGAAGAUGUACCACACGGCGAAAUGCCGAGACAUUUGCAAUUGUUCACUGAAAGAUAUCUGACGGAUAAGGUUGUUCCUGGAAAUCGUGUUACAAUUGUUGGAGUUUAUUCGAUCAAAAAGCUUUUCCAAAAGAAAGGAGGAGACAAAACUUUAACCGGAAUUCGUACACCAUACCUUCGUGUUCUUGGUAUUCAACUCGAUUCAUCUGGUCCAGGCCGUAGCACUUUCAGUAACUUCACACCCGAAGAAGAACGCCAAUUCAAAACACUUGCUCAACGACCUGACGUUUAUGACAUCAUUGCGAAAUCGAUUGCUCCUUCGAUUUAUGGAUCAGUUGAUAUCAAGAAGUCAAUUGCAUGCUUGUUAUUUGGAGGAGCUCGAAAGAAGCUUCCCGAUGGAAUCAUUCGCCGUGGAGACAUCAAUGUGCUGCUUCUCGGAGAUCCUGGAACUGCGAAAUCGCAGCUGUUGAAGUUCGUCGAGCAAGUCUCACCAAUUGGAGUUUACACUUCUGGAAAGGGAUCGUCCGCUGCCGGUUUGACCGCUUCUGUUAUCCGUGAUCCAACAUCUAGAAGCUUCAUCAUGGAAGGAGGUGCAAUGGUUCUCGCCGAUGGUGGUGUUGUAUGCAUUGACGAAUUCGACAAAAUGCGCGAAGACGAUCGUGUGGCGAUUCACGAGGCCAUGGAACAGCAAACGAUUUCAAUCGCAAAAGCUGGAAUUACCACGACACUCAAUUCGAGAUGCUCGGUUCUUGCCGCUGCAAACUCAGUCUAUGGUAGAUGGGAUGAGUCUCGUGGAGAUGACAAUAUCGAUUUCAUGCCAACGAUUUUGUCGCGUUUCGAUAUGAUCUAUAUUGUCAAAGAUAGUCACGACGUCAACAAAGAUUCGACUCUCGCGAAGCACGUUAUUGAAGUUCACGUGAAUGCAUCGAAUGCGCGAGAUCGCGAAGCUGCUGGGGUUCCGAAAGCAGCUACUGCCGAUGCCGAGGGUGCUCCUCUUGUGUAUGAUACUGAUGGAUUCUUGACUAUUGAGUUCCUUAAGAAGUUUGUAUCAUACGCGAGAACCACAUGCGCUCCGAGACUCACUAAGGCGGCUUCUGAGAAGUUGGUUAAUCAUUACGUGAAAAUGAGGAAUCCGCCAGUCUCGACAGAGCAAUUCAAAAUGGGCAAAAAGGCGCACAACUCGGCGAUUCCGAUCACCGUUCGUCAAUUGGAAGCGAUUGUGAGAAUUAGCGAAUGUUUGGCAAAGAUGGAGCUUCAACCAUUUGCCACGGAUAAGCAUGUUGACGAAGCUCUUCGCUUGUUUAGAGUUUCGACAAUCGAGGCCGCUUCCACAGGAAACCUCGCUGGUGUUGAAGGAUUCACUUCUGGUGAAGAUCAGGAAGCACUUUCGAGAAUUGAGAAUCAGUUGAAAAAGCGAUUCGCCAUCGGCACGCAUGUUUCAGAACAUCUUAUUGUUCAAGACUUUGUAUCUCGACAACAUUAUAAGGAAUCGCUUGUGAAGAAGGUGAUUUCCAAUCUAGUACGUAAAGGAGAUAUCCAGCAGAAAAUGCAGAGGAAAAUGUUGUAUCGCGUUCGCUAA